AUAACCACUCAUCUACCUCCAUCCACCACCUAAUAAAAUCAAUGACUUUUAUCAUGAACUGAACAAACUAGAGCCACUCAUCUCCCUUCCCCUCCUUAUCCGAUCUCGCUGCAGACUCCAGAAAAAACCCGUCCACUCAUCUCCCUUCCCCUCAUUCUCUCCAUUCCCAUGGCCCUCUCAUCCGAAUCUGUUGUUGGCGGCCAUGUAUCUGAGAACGAAUUAAUUUUUAUUGAAAGCGACGACGAUGGUGUGGACGAUUCAAAGGAGACUGAAAUCAUCUAUUACCAUGAAGAGGAAGACGUCAUAAUCAUUGCUGGGAGUGAGAAGACGCAGUUGAUGCUAGACGACAGCCAGAGGUAUGAGAUACUCGCAAUGGAGACUUUUCUAGGGAUCUACAAACCUUGGGAUCCGAAGACAGAUGUGAUGAAGUUCAUGCAACCCACUUCAGAUGUGAACUCUUCGGUCUCAGAGAUCAAUUCCAAGGCACAUCUUUUCCAACAUGGUAUUGAUGAAUCAUAUACAUGUUGGAUAUGGCACGGAGAGCUAAAUCCAGAUGAUGAACCCCCUCACCCACACAAGAAACAUGUUCAUGACUCAUUUGACGAUGGAACAGAAGAAAACAGCGAAGAAGAUGGUGAGGACAGGUCUUUUGAAUACUCUAAUUUCAUGAACCAUGUCCAAGGGGAUUCUGAACCCCUUUACCCGGGAUGCAAGACCUACACUAAGCUGAAGGCACUAGUGAAAUUAUAUAACUUGAAGGCAAAGCAUGGGAUUUCUGAUUCAUGCUUCUCUGAAAUUCUGCUUUUGCUGGGGACAUUUCUCCCAAAGGGCAACUGCCUGCCUUCGUCAUUUGGUGAAGCAAAGAAGACCUUAUGUGCUUUAGAAGGGCCUAACAAGGAUGUACCCACUUUCAGUGGGUAUAAAAUCAAUGGUGUGACCUACAGCACCAAAGAACGUGAUGAUAUGCGUCAAGUUCAGUGUAGUGGUGUUUGUGUAGAAGCUCAAACAAUGCUCGUAGUUGUUGUCCUAAGAUUACCUGAGAAAAACUAUAUGGACAUUGAUGAAGAUAGUGAGGGGUCUGUUGAAUUAGAACUCGAGGAGGAGUUGGAUGUGAGAUUGUUACCACCCAACCACGCAAUAAAUGAAGUUCAUGUCGAUAUGCUAGCAGUGCUUGUCCUCCUGUAUAUUGAUGUUGUUGUGUCUUAAGUUGUGUCCUCCUGAUGGAUACGUUGGGCCAUAGUUUUUUUGCUUUUUGGGUAUAACAAUAAUGCUGUUCACUUGGUGGCUUUUCCCAAGAAUGGAUGAUUGAAGGAUGAACCUGCUUCAAGGAUAUUAACGGAAUGCUUGAAGGAUGAAGCUUGAGGGAUAUCCAUGUUGAUCAUGUUUUGGAGGCAUCGUCAUGAAAAAUUGCAGCACCAAAGCAGUUUCUUGAGCAAAAAAGUUGUUCUCUGGUU